UUGAUUCAGGUCAGGCUACGUUGUGGCAACUUCUCGGCCAAAGCCGUUGUGACCCCCGAGCUGAGGGAAAACUCUGGAAUACUAGUGACAUGGGAUCUGCUGUCGUCAGAUCCAGUUUGUUCGGAUCCCUCUCGUCUUCCUCGUUUUUCACAACUUCGCCUGCAUGACGUCUCCCUAAUUGCUAGUUGUGACAGUUGUCCAAGGUGUACGCUUCGACUACCUAUGCGCUAUGAAUGGCCUGUAGGUUCAUCGAUCAACACCAUAUACGUCGUGGGGCGGCAACCACCUUACAAUCGUAUUCAUACCGAUAUGGAUAUUCGAUAUGUGACUGUGGAUCGGAUGCCGCCGUCAUUACGCAAUUGUGAAAUUAUCGUCAAAGAACAUGCAAAACUUGAAAAGCUUCUCACAAUUUCGAGUGCCGCUAUGUUCUUCCUAAUAUUUAUAUCGCUCAAAUCAAUGGCUGCUUAUUGA